GAAAUAUUACUCUUUGACCUUUCCCACAAAUUGAAUGAUUAAAAAAGACUAAAUCUUUCAUUCAAACAAAAAAUUUUAGUCAAUAAAUCACUUCACCCGCUGCAUUUAAAGUACCUCUCAUUUUCAAAGGUUCUAUAUGCUCCAUUAUCAUUCAAAGGCAAUAUCAGAAAGAAUGGCAACAGUGUCUUGCAAGUUAUCAUUUUCCUUUUACUCUUUUCUCCUUCUUCUCAUUAUUAUUGUAUCUCAAACUAACGGCCAGCCAGAUUUUUUGUACAACUUUUGUAUAAACGAUAAAGGCAACUACACAGCCAAUAGCACAUAUCAAAAUAACCUUAAUAUCCUUUUGUCCAAUCUCUCUUCAAACACACAAAUCAACUACGGUUUCUACAAUUUCUCUUACGGCCAAAACAACGAUAAAGUAAACGCCAUUGGACUCUGCAGGGGAGAUGUUAAGCCUGAUGUUUGCCGCAAUUGUCUCAACGAUUCAAGAGUUCUUCUAACACGGCUUUGUCCAAAUCAAAAAGAAGCAAUUGGUUGGUAUGAAGACUGCAUGUUGCGCUACUCCAACCGAUCAAUAUUUGACAUUAUGGAAGUUUCACCUGCAUUCUAUUUGCCAAACAAUAACAAUGCAACAGAUGCGGAUCAAUUUACUCAAGUUCUUGGGAACUUGAUGAAGAAACUGAAAGAUAAAGUUGCAUCAAGUGACAACUCUCGUUUUAAGUAUGCUACGGAUAAUGAAACUGGUGUGAACUUAAAUUUUCAAACCAUAUAUGGUCUUGUGCAGUGUACACCUGAUUUAUCAUUACAAGAGUGUAAUCGUUGUUUAGAUGUUGCUAUCUCAGAAAUUCCAAGUUGUUGUAAUAACAAGGUUGGUGCUAGACUUGUUACACCAAGUUGUAAGAUUAGAUUUGAAACCUAUCUCUUCUACGAUCCUCCGCUUAUAGUAGACGACCCAGAUGGAACCUCUCCACCACAAGAAAAAAGCAAAUCAUCUCAUACUACUACCAUUGCCAUAGUUGUGCCUACUGUCGUUGUAGUUCUUGUUCUUCUAACUUUGAUCAUUUGCAUAUGCUUAAGGAGAAAUCGCCACAGUAUGGCAGGGGUAAAUCUCGAAGGAAUACAAGAUGAUGAUGAUGAUGAUAAUGAUAACGAUGAUGAUAUUGAAAUCGCUGAGUCAUUACAAUUCAACUUUGACACAAUAGGAGUUGCUACAAAUAACUUUUCCGAAGCUAAUAAACUCGGACAUGGCGGAUUUGGAGUUGUUUAUCAGGGAAAACUCUCGAGUGGACAAGUGAUUGCAGUCAAAAGGUUGUCAAGAGAUUCUGGACAAGGAGAUAUUGAAUUUAAGAAUGAAGUGCUUUUAUUGGCUAAGCUUCAACAUCGAAAUUUAGUCAGACUACUUGGUUUUUGUCUAGAAAGAAAAGAAAGGCUACUUGUUUAUGAAUUUGUUCAUAAUAAAAGUCUCGAUUACUUUAUAUUUGAUCCAAUAAAGAAAGCACAAUUAGAUUGGGAAAGGCGCUACAAAAUCAUUGGAGGUAUUGCUAGAGGCCUUCUUUACCUUCACGAGGAUUCUCGACUUCGUAUUAUACAUCGUGAUCUUAAAGCAAGUAACAUUCUCUUGGACGAAAAUAUGAAUGCUAAAAUAUCAGAUUUUGGGAUGGCCAGACUAUUGCUUGUUGAUCAAACACAAGUAAAUACAAACAAAAUCGUUGGAACAUAUGGAUAUAUGGCUCCUGAGUAUGCAAUGUUUGGACAAUUUACAGUAAAAUCAGAUGUUUUUAGCUUUGGCGUACUAGUUCUAGAGAUUAUAAGUGGCCAAAAAAUUAGUCGCUUUCUUGAUGGACAGAGUCAGGAGGAUUUACUCAGCUUCGCAUGGAGAAACUGGAGGGAGGGUACAAUCACAAAUAUAAUAGACCCAUCAUUAAAAAAUGGUUCACAAAAUGAAAUAAUGAGAUGCAUUCACAUUGGACUACUUUGUGUUCAAGAAAAUUUGGUUGACAGACCAACUAUGGCAACCAUUGCACUCAUGCUUAGUAGUUAUUCUCUCACAAUGCCUCUACCUGUGGAGCCCGCAUAUUCUAUGGACGGGAGAACUAGAAGCCUUUCAUACACGGAAUCAUCUGGGGAAGAUAAAGUAACAACAGGUUCACUUGAAUCCAUAAGUAUAUCAGUAAAUGAGAAUACAAUGUCUUAAUAAUUAGAAUUUGUAAUAUAUUUGAAUAUAGUCAUGUUUCAGUAGGCCAUAUAGAUUCUAUUUGUUUAUUUAUAUUGAAUUGAAAUAGGUACAUUUAAUGUAUUUUUGGCUUAAAUUCUACUAGUAGACUCACUUGGUGCAAUACUAAUACAUUUUUGGCUUAAAUUAUGCUUUUGGCCCUCCAAAUAUGUUCCUGAUUAUAAUUUGUGUAAUUUAUUGUCGAAAAAUUAGUUUGUUUUCUUCUUUUUAUUGAUGAUAUAUAUUUUAGGCCAUAUUUGGUUUCACCACAAAAGAAGCUUUGUUGCUGAUCUUGUGCCAUCAAAUUUCAGAGGGCGUGGAAACUGCUAAAUGAGAC